UGCCCGCACCGGCCCGCUGUCCUCGUCCUGUUUCCAGAGGCAGGCAGGAUGGGAGGGCGUGUACCCUCGCGUUGAAAUAAGGCGGGCUUUUCGGCGGUUCCUGUGGUCACAGGCUGGAGCCUUCGUGGAAGAGGGGGACGUGGGCGUUAGAUGGGCGGCUCUCUCCGCUGUCCCCUUGCCUUGUUCAUGGGGUGAGGUUGACCUAGAGCUCAGUACUGACCCAGAUGCCGAGGAGAACACAGCAGGCCCCACGCGACCCUGGCCUCGCCAGCCUCACCGGCACACUUGCGGUUGGUCAUGGCCCCUGGGCUGGGCAGGCCAGGACAGCCCUGGUGACCUCGAGGGACUCAUUCGACUUCAGGCCCAACCCCUGCUGCUGCUGCUGUGGGCUGCCCUCUGUGGGCCUUUGAGUGCUGUAGCUGUCUCAAAGUUGUGUUUCUCAGAUUUGAACUUCGUGGAUCUGGCCUCUCUGUGACUGUCCUCAGGUGGGGGAACAGCUCGUUCGCCCCGCUUCUGGUUGUCGACUUGGCAAGGGCGCCCUGCAUUGGGUCACCAUGCACCGACUAACCUGGAGGCUGCAGGGUAAGGUUGUGUGCAGACACCCAAAGGUGAAAGUCAGUCUGGCCCUGGGUGUGGUGCAGAGUGGGACUGGCUGCUAAAAACCACAUCCCAGUCAGAAUCUGGAAAUGGCAUCUGGGGAAAAGCGUUCAUAGUUAAGAUUGAUCGUGUUGAGCGUUAGCUAGUGGUGUUUGUCCCCUUUCGGUGGAAAUGCUCCAAGGCCAAGCUUUGUGUGGCUCAGGCAGGCAACUAGGAACCCCGGGGUUGCCAUGGCAUCAGGUGAGGGCGUAGACCCUGCGUGCCCAGCAUGCAGCUGGCCUGCAUCCACCAGGGCCUGGGCCACGCAGCUCCUUGGGGCCUCCCGAGCCACGUGUGCAGUCCCACGUGUGCCGACAGUUAAGGACUGGCUGGGCUCCUGGGGCCUGCUGAUGUCACCAAGGUGGGGCAGGCUGGAGCGGGGGGGGCCUGCUGCGCAGACAGGUCGCCAGGAGAGCACGGAGCACGUCACGCCGUCCGGCCCCACAGCCACCGGCCCUUCCCCAGCCCGGGGCAGCCCGGCCUUGAGACAGAUGGAGCCCAGGGACCAGCCACUCGUGGUGGCGCUUCGGAUCCGCCCGCUCAGUGACACAGAACUGGAGGAAGGGGCCACCGUCAUCGCCCACAAAGUGGGAGACCAGAUGGCGGUGCUCAUGGACCCCGACGAGGACCCCGAGGACACACUGCGGGCACACCGGUCACGGGAGAAGACUUUCAUUUUCGACACCGUUUUCGACCAGCAUGCCUCACAGGAAGACGUGUACCGUGCCACCACCCAGCACCUAGUGGAAGGCGUCGUUUCUGGAUACAAUGCAACGGUGUUUGCCUAUGGCCCCUCAGGCGCAGGGAAGACGUACACCAUGCUGGGCAUGGACGCGGAGCCCGGCGUCUACCUGCGGACCCUCAGUGACCUGUUCCGGGCCAUCGAGAUGCGCGGCAGCACGGACUGGGGUGUGUCGAUGUCUUACCUGGAGAUUUACAACGAAGUGAUUCGGGACCUCCUGAACCCGUCCUCGGGGUUUCUGGACCUGAGGGAAGAUUCUCGGGGCAGCAUCCAGAUCGCAGGCCUCACGGAAGUCUCUACCUCUAACGCGCAGGAGAUCAUGCACCUUCUCACCAAAGGCAACCGGCAGCGCACGCAGGAGCCCACGGCCGCCAACAAGACGUCGUCUCGCUCCCACGCGGUGCUGCAGGUCACCGUGCGCCAGCGGAGCCGCGGCUCGGACUUGGCGGAGGGAGUGCGCGUCGGGAAGCUCUUCAUGGUGGACCUGGCGGGCUCCGAACGGGCGUCGCAGACCCAAAACCGCGGCAAGAGGAGGAAGGAAGGCGCCCACAUCAACCGCUCCCUGCUGGCGCUGGGCAACUGCAUCAACGCGCUCAGCGAGAAAGGCGGCAGCCGGGCGCAGUACGUGAACUUCCGGGACAGCAAGCUCACGCGCCUGCUGAAGGACGCUCUGGGAGGGAACAGCCGGACCGUGAUGAUCGCGCACAUCAGCCCGGCCAGCACACACUUCGAGGAGUCUCGGACCACCCUGCUGUAUGCCUACAGGGCAAAGAACAUCAAGACGAGGGUGAAGCGCAACCUACUGAACGUGUCCUACCACAUCGCACAGUACACGGACGUCAUCUCCAACCUGCGCAGGGAGAUUGAGCACCUCAAGUCCAAAAUUGAGAAGCAGGAGGAGGAGAAGAGAGGAAAACCCGGGGUCCAGGACGCACAAGGCAGGAUCCCCUCACACGACGGAGAGGAGGAUAGCUGCCGGCAGAUGAACAAGAUCCGGGCGCAGCUCGUUGGGGCCUUCAAGGAGCAGUUGGAGAUGCGGCGCAGCCUGGUGGAACUGGAGAACACCAACAUAGAGCUGCACGUUGACAUGUCCCGCCACCUGCUGACCAUUGCAGACUGGGAGCGGGAGAAGGCCCAGCACCUCGUGCACAGGGACAGGACGCCGGAGGGGGACGAGGAGCCGGCAGACGGGGACGAGGGCGAGUCCGUGGAGCCGCCUGAGGUGGCCGUGGCCAGAGAGGAGGUCAACACACUUCUGGCUGAGCAGAGGAAAGCUGCGGCCCUCAAGGCGGGGCUGGAGCAGCGUCUGGCCAGUGCCAAGGAGAAGGCCUCGCAGCUGGAGCAGCUGCUGCCCGCGCAGGCCAGCAGCGAGGACCAGCGGGAGGUGUUGCGGCUGCUGUGCUGGGCCCACGAGCUGGAGGCCGAGAACACGGAGCUGCGGGCUGACGGCCUGCGCAGGAGGAGUCUUUUGUGGCAGAAGGACUUCGUGAUCCAGCGCUACCACCAGCACCGGCUGCUCUGUGAGCAGCUCCUCCGGGACCAGCGGCAGCUGAUCGAGGGUGGAGGCCUCGCGGUGCCCGAGUCCCUGGACGAGCGGUAUGGUCUGAUCCUGCGGGAGCUGGGUGCGGGCUCGCUGAACCGGCUGCUGCUGCUGCACUCGGUCAUGUCGAGCUCCCUGCGGGACGGCUUGGUUCUGAAUAAGUCCCCUGCACCGCAGGAGGAGGCUAGCUGGGACUGGCCAGACGACAGGAAGGACCUCCCGUGGGGUGCCCAGUUUGAACUGCCGCUGAUGCUGCUGGAGGAGGACAGUGGUGGCUACAUGUCGUCGCAAGCCACGCCAUCAAAAACGCUGGGAAAGCAGGAUUCCCUUCUCCCUCUGCCAUCCCUCCGCAUCCUGCUAACGCCUCCGGCUCAUGAGGCAGGCCCCCUGAGCGUGAAGAAUUUGGUCUCCAAGCUGGGCGUCCCCGCUGGCCUGGACCUGGGUGCCUCACGGAUGGCAGCGGAGGCUGGCGGCCCGGCCCUGAGCGCUCAGACCCUCAAGGAGAUGGCCAUGAGCACCAAGAGCAUCGCUCUCAUCGCGGCCAGCCGGCGCUCCAAGGCGCAGGACCGUGAGGGUGGCAUCGGCCGCUCCUCCCUCCACCUUCCAGAGGACAUGGCCCUGGACUCCAGGGACCCGAGCCCAGCAGACAGGAGGUGGCCCCACGCCAGCCCGGGCCGGGACCGUUCUGCGGAGAAGGCCAGGGGGAAGCUGUCACCCUCCCUCACCUGGAGCAUGCAGACGGUGACGGAGAACCCUCAGCCCCCCUCCGUGGAGCACGUGGCCAAGAGCCAGCCACCGCCUGCACCCCUGCCGCUUACGAAGUCGUCCGGAAAGAGCUUCCUCCCUGCCGUCUCCACGGCCUCCAAGAUAAAGCCCAGCCCCAGUCUCCAUGCAGAUGAGAAGGUGCUGCGGAUGCCUGAGGUCACCUUCACCCUCCCCAGCGCCACGUGGCAGAGCAGCCCAGGCCCCCGCAGGACCCCGCUCGCGCCCCGGGACAUCCGAGGGUCUACAGAGAGUGGAAGCCGACGCCACAGCCCGGUGCCCCCCAGCACCCCCUGCAAGCACCGGGGCAGCACCAAGAGGCCAAGGAGGCCACAGUGAGGAGGUCAGCGGGCAGACCCGGCACACGGGGGAAGGCCAGAGAGGCUGGCCCCAGACCCAGGGCUCUCUCUGCCUCAGAGGUGGAUUCGAGAGACGAGGCCCCGGCAGGGACCAGCCAGCCCCAGCGUCCCUCAGCCCUUUGCAAUCGGCGGGUGCCUCACCAGCCACCUUUGGAGGAAGGGCCACUGAUGGAACUUCAGAACCCUUCUCGAGGACACCGCGUGGGGAGCCUCAGGCAUCUUUUCGGUCAUUCCCAGUUGUGGGUGCUUUUCCCAGGAUCGCUCCACCCCACAGUUUCUGCCUUGGGAGAAUGCUUUCGCUCUUCACCUGAUUGGGUGAGGCCCACCCACGCUGUGGCGGGCCUUCUGCCGAACUCCUUACUGAUGUAAAUGCUAAUCUCACCUGAAAAACACCUUCACAGCACCGUGCGUGCUGGUGUUUGACCCAUCACCUAGGUACUGUGGCCUGGGCAACUUGACGCACAGAAUUAACCCUCACACCUCACGAUUGGCCGGCAGGCAGGGUGACACUAUCCCGUCGCCAUGUAUAUGUAGGCUCUGGAAUAAGCCAGCGUCGGGGAAGCACGAGAACAUCCUGCGUUCCCGUGACCCACCUGUCCCCUCACUGUGUCCUGACGUCCCUGUCCACACCCCAUUGUGUGGAGGACACUGUGGAGGACGGCUGGGAUGAGGCAGCUUUGCAGGGUACGUGGAAGCAGCCGCGUAAACUGGGGACGCAGAAACCAAGGUCCUAACUUUUCAUCAAGACAGAAAGACAAGGUCACGGGGAGACUGAGCGCCGUCCGUGAGCUGCGUCGCCACCUUCCCUGGCUGUGCUUUGGGCACCUGCUGUGGUUCCCGGGCCCGUGCCCGCAUCUCAGGCUCUCGGGGGCACCCCUGCAGGACGUGGGGACCAAAGCCCCCUCCCCCACGGUGGGAGCCACCCCCGGGUGAAGCAGCAAGUGGAGCCCGUGGAUCCCGGGAGUCGGCCUGUCGCACAUCAGGGGCGGGAGGCGUGGGUGGUGGUGUGGCCUCGUGGCCCGGGUGCGCAGCCGGGUGCCUUGGACUCACGUGUGUCUGGCACAUGCCGAACACCCCGUCAGUGUGCCGGCUGCACGGCUGGACGCCACGGCCGGGCCCCCUCUUGGCGUAAGACCGCUGUCGGGGAGGACGUGCUAGGGGCUUUGCUGAAGCCGUGCUGUCCUUUCUGGGCCUUCUGGAGGACGGUGGGGAGGUCGGUCCCGUUUGUCUUGAGGAGCCGUGCUACCUGCUCUGUGCAGACCUGCCGCGGGCACUGUCUGAUGCCCGUGUCCCUCACCGGGGGAGAGGCUGAGCCUGGGGGGCAAGGAGACUUCUGUUCUCCUGCCUUGGUCCCAGAUCCUGGGUAGGGCAGGAAUUACUGGUUGUCCCCUGUAUCUGCUUGCUUUCCGCCAUGAUAAUAGAACCCCCAAUUUUUAGCUAGUCACAUGGCUCCCAAAAUAAAGGACCGUAUCUCCCAGCCUCCUUUGCAGCUGCCUGUGGCCAUGUGACUAAGUUCUGACCGAUGGCAUAUAAGCCAGAAGCAGCUGCUUCCAGGAGUCUCUAGCACAAAGGAUAAUUAGCAUGCUCCUCAUGCCUCUUUUCUUCACUUCCUGGAAUCCUACUACCUGAAAUCUGAAUGUGAUGGCUGGAACCCUGGCCACCAUUUUGAGGCCAUGAGGACAAAGGCCAUGCCUUGAGGAGGAUGGAGUGGGAAGCUGGAAGGAGCCUUGGUGUACAAGGUGCAGGGAUGCUUCUCAGCCUUGUUAUAUCCUAUCCCCAGAUGUUAAUUUGAGAGAGAAAUGAAUGUCUAUCUGAAGCCUCUGUGGUUUGGUACCCCUCAUCUUAACUGAUAGAUGGGGGGGGGGGAGCCCAGGCAGUUGGCAAGUAGUGGCUGGAGAAGUCUCUGGUACUUUUGUGGAGCGACAGCAGGAAAUUAGAAAUGGCAGUAUGGUGGGACAAGCUGUGGGGGUCAGGUAUGGCCCACAAACUGAUCCUUGGCUGGUGGGAGAGUACAGGAGAAACUCCCAAUCUUUUUAUACCCCGUCUUGAGCUGGGUGAAAAAGUUGGCCACAAGGAUCUCUGGUGGAUCUCGGGGGUGGGGUGCUUUGCAAGGAGGCUCUGGACUGACCCAUGCACCUGAGAGAGGGCUAAAGACACACUUACAUCUGGGAGGGGGGCGGUCCCAGCCUCAUGGGGGGUAUAUUAGGGGUCUCCAGCAAAACAGAACCACUGGGGUGUGUGUGUGUGUGUGUGUGUGUGUGUGUGUGUGUGUGUGUGUGUGUGGAUAUUUAGGGAACUGGCUCAUCCGAUCAGGAAGGCUGGCAAGUCCAGAAUCUGUGGGCUGGGCCAGCAGGCAGGAGACCCAGCGAGGGGCCUGGAUGCAGAAAUCCCUCUUGCUCAGGGAAGGUCAGCCUUUUGUUUUAUUCGGGCCUUCAGAGGAUUGGAUGAAGCUGCCCCACAUUAUGAAGGGUCAUCUCUUGACUCACUCUCUACUGAUUUAAAUGUUAAUCUCACCGCAAAACACUGCCACGGAAACAUCCGGAAUAAUGUGUGACUGCAUAUCUGGGUGCCGUGGCCCAGCCAGGUAGACACAUAGCAUCAGUAAUCCCAGGGGGCAUACCCAAGGGCCGGAGAGCCCAACACAGGACCAGGAAGACCCAGGGUGGAGAGGUUCAUGCCCCCUCUGUGCCAGCCACCAUGACACCGAGCUCGGGAUCGACCCAGGUGGCUGGAACUGGGGGAGGACCUUGAAUUUGACCCAGUUUGAACCCAGAAUGACUGAGGAAAAUUACACAGGCAUCUGAGUAGUACACAAGGGUCCUCUUUGGGCGCGUCGGAGAUCACGCGACUGUGUAAUUGGCACCUGUGACCUGAAGACCACACUGGGAUCUCACCGCUUAAAAAAGAGAAACCUGUAUAAAACGAGCGAUAGAAACAUCCUCCCCAACCUCGUGCCACCUCGGAGGUAAGUCCUCUUUAAUGAUUGGGUGCGUGCUCUUCCCGGUUUCCCCGCAAAAUAACCCAAAUUAAAAAGCGUCUUGGCUUACUUGACUUACAAGAUGAGGGCGCGGGCGGCUUCCUUGGGAGGUGACACCACGGGGUGGGGAGGAUGGGCCACCAUGGGAGAGCACCACUGUGGCGCAGUUUCAAGCAGCAGGAAGAAGAGUCUGCUGGGACCCCGGAAUCAACCCCCCAGGGCCCGUGGGGGGGUCCUGGGGGCACCGGCCCUGUGUUAGGCUGUGUUUGCAAGCAGGCCAAGCCUCCUGGCCUGUCCCCAGCAGAGGAGGAGCCCCAGGGAAGGGAAUGGAAAUUCUGGUGCGGAACUCAGACCAAAGUGCAUUUCAGCCCCCUUGGAUCUGCCCACAGGCUGCGGCUGAGCCGGACCUGGGGGCCACAGGCAUCUGGGACAAAGCCAUCCUUCACACACCCUCAGGUAUGCACAUGUGUGUGCACACAUACCCACUUGUGCACACACCCACACACACCUGCACACCGCUCGCUCACCUCCCUGCUGUCGCCCACGCUGGCCUCAGUGCUUGGAACCUUUGUGCUUCUGGUCCUCGCCCAAGAGCCUCCUUUCCUUCCCUGAAGGGCCAGAUACUCAGAGCGUCCUCUGUCGCCGCACCAACCCACCAGGUGACGACUGCCUUUCUGCACGUGUCCGCACUGCUGCCCCUUCGGCACCUGGGAACAAGCCCUGCCUGACGGGUCUGUCCUGCCUGGCCCAGAGCAGGUGCCUGGGGAUGGCUGCGGAAUGAGCGGACGAGUGAUGGGUGGGUGGGGGCGCUGCACUGACGGCUGGAGGCACGGAGCCCGGGCCCUGGCCUGCGGCAUCCGUGUGUGGUGGGAGCCCAUGGGGUGCACCGUGAGCCGUGCCGAUGUGCACACUCACAUUAUGGCCAGCCGAGGAGACGCGGGCGCUGAAACUAACAGGAUGUCAAACGAGGGUGCGGGAAGCUUUACCCAGCACCUAGCCUCACUGCAAGCCUCUGUCACCAGCCUGCGGCCCAGGGAGGUGUACCACCGGCUUGAUUACUCACCCUCGGUGGCUGAGCUGGGAUUUGAGCCCAGGGUGUGCGGCCUCCUCCCUUGUCGCCCCCGGAAGCCAGGCGGGAUAUGCCGGGCAACAGGGAGUCACAGCAUGUUUGUGAGCAGGGGACAAACCCGACUCUGUCUCACUAUUGCCUCAUGCCUGGUGCCUUGCAGCUGCUCGGCGAAGGUGGGCUGAAAGCUGAUGGGUGAGCGAUGAGAAUGUUGGAGAAAGAGUCCUUCAAUGUUACAAAACCUUGUGAGACUCUGGUCGAUGUAUAUGUGUGUAUCUGUACGCUUACGUGUCUACACUCGCCCGUACGUGUUUCAUGGAACAGCCUCGGAAGGAAAUCCUGGAAACAGGUCACAGUGAGGGACUUGAGGGGGCAAGCAGGCAGGACACCCCUGUCCAUUGUAUACAUUUUCUACCUAUUUGGAUUUUUACCCCGUUCCUGCAUGACUUAAUGUGAAAAAAAAAAAAGGAAUUAUUUUAAAACCAGUGGUAGUUCCAUUAUACCCUGGUGUGGGCAGCUCUCUGAAAUAUACCAACUGAGAGAAAAAGGUUCAGCACAGUAAGUAUAAUAUGCAUUUAUGUCUAUUUGGUGACAAUUAUGUAACGUAUGCAAAUGUGGUAGAUGGGAAUGAUUCCUUGCAGAAUUCCCAAGCCACAAAGACAAAACCUGGAGCUGAGUUUGCAAAGCCAGAGCCACUGGUCAGAGGCGUCACGGGGCUGGGAGGAAGUGCCGGGACUUACCCCUCGCAAAGGACUCUCUGUUCCACAGACAGAUCCGCCCCAAGUUUCUGGGGCUGGUAAGUCCUCAGAGCCCCUGUCAGGGCUGCGCAUGCACCUGCGUGAGCGUGCGCUGCGUGAGGAGCAGGCCGGCCGGGGUCUGUUCCACGGGGCCCCCUCCUGGGAAGGGAGGGAGCUUGGGGCUGCCCGCGACUAAGCCGCCCUCCCUGGAAGGUUUGCUCUGAGACCCAGAGGGUCAGCUUUCUCCUCUGCCGGCAGCUGGAGGUCCAGAUCGUGCCAGGUACCAGGUGGGGAAGGGAGGAAGACUGGAAUCCAGGGAGGGGGGGCAUAGAGAGGGGCGGGACGGAGCCCCGGGCUGCCACGGAUGCCCCAAGGUCUGGUGCAGACCACCCCCCCCCAACCCAUGGAUCAAAUAGAUGAAGGAAUUAAGUCAUUCAGGAAGUAGUUUACCCCCUGCCUAAACCCUUAGUGACUCCUCUCUCUCCAGCCCCGCCAGUCCCCCUGCUUACUCUUUGGACACUUGUGGAUUUAUCCAGCACCGACACGUGGCAGGCACUAGAUGCACAGGACGCAGCUGCCACUGGGCAGACACGUGCCGAGCCGACCCUCACGGGGCCCACGUUCUACAGAAGGUGGGGCAGAGAAUGAAUGGCAAGCGCUCUGAUGAAAACGAGCCGCAGGGGCAGAGUGCUGGGGGAGAGGCUGGUCAAGGAAGGCCUCCUGGAGGAGGUGCAGCCUAGGUAGAGAGCGGAGCACCGGGCAAAGGCCCUGGGGCAGACUGGUGCUGUUGGCUCUGAUAAGGUAAUUCCGUAAACAUCAGAACCCCGAGCUGGACUUGGGAGGUGCUAUGGCCUCAAAGCUGGUGUCCCCCUAAAAUUCAUAUUUUGAAAUCCUAACCCCCAGCGAUGAUGGUAUUGGGAGGUGGGGCCUCUCGGGGGUGCUUAGGUCAUGAGGGAGGAGCCCUCAAUGGUUGGGACCAGUGCCUUUACAGAAGAGGCUCCAGGGAGCUCCCCAGUCCUCUCUACCAUGUGGGGACACGACGAGAGGGCGCUGCCCGUGAACUGGGAAGAGGGCCUUCCCCAGCAUGUGGCCAUGCGGCACCUUGAUUUUGGACGUCCAGCCUGCAGGACUGUGAGUAACACACAUCUGUUGUUUAUAAGCGCCCUGGUCUGCGGGAUCGUGUUAUAGGAGCCCGAACGGACUAAGCUAGGAAAGCGGCAAAGGAGGGCCCCGGGCAGAGAUGUGAGCGUUCCGGCAACUCUAAGAGAACCAGCAGGUCCUGUGGAGGCCUGGAGCCUGACCGAGGGCACGUUAAGACUUCUGAACGGCCCCACCUGCCUGCAGCGUGGACGCUGACCACUGACUCGCCCGGGGUCCUGGCGUUUUGUACGGGGCAGAGGCUGGAUCUGCCAAUGAGGGGGCCUGGCUGGAAACAGCCCGUGCUCACUACUGUGUUGUUUCGAGGCUUUGUUGCGAGAGGAGAGGGAUGUGGGGGAGCACGUCUCCAACCCGGAGACAGAUGGGCAGGGAAGGAGAGCCCUUUGGGGAGCGUCCUGCAGAAGAGGGGCACACAGUCUGAGUGGCCCAGAGGAGCGAGCUGGGAGGUGUGCAAGCAGGGACCGGCCCUUCAUACGGGUGGCGGAAGCCAUGGGGUGGCAGGGCAUUUGACAUCUCUCUGGGUUCCUCCUGAGAGCCGGUGGGCACUCACUCCCUGAGCUGGCUUGCCCUUUCUGGUUUUGCACACAUUAGCCUGUAUGGGGACCAUGAGGGCUCGGGUACAACUCAGCCGGGGACUUCCCUCCCUCCAGGGGUCCCCAGCCUUCCUGUCCACACCCCAGGGUAGCCUUUAGCAGGUGGAGUUGGGGGGCUGGGUUUCACCCUUCCAGUGCUCCUCAGACUCCGUGAACUAGAACCAGGAGCCCCUUGCCUCGGCCCUCCAGGGUCCCCUUUCCUUCUCUGCUGCCUCUUGAACGAAAUGUAGCCUCUGUGGCAUCUGUCCCAUAUUGGUGAUCGCAGCGACCAGGAGGGUGAAGCUGAAGGCGGCAGAGAGGGUUUGCCAGGACCCGGUCUGGGGUGAGGUGCAUCGUGCUUGGCAGACCCCUAGGGUGCUGGCAGCCUCUGACAUCACUUUCCAUGGUCCCGUCUCCAGCCAGCACCUCUUUCUCCGAGUUCAAGACGCAGGCAUCCUCCUGUCUCCCCAACAGCUAUGCUGUGCGGCAGGUGUUUCUGGCUGUGCACGCUCAAAGCCAAGUUCACAGCAUUUGUGCCCCCAGAUGUUCUUCAGCAUCUCCUACCUCUGGUGCAGCGCACCCUUGACUCCUCUGCCCCCUCCCUCCAUCAGCCAGUCCCAAGCCUACCCUCUUCCCCCAGCCUCUCCCCCACACCACCCUGCAGUCAGGACCCUGCAGAGCCUCCCAGCUGGUCUCCCUGCACACACCCUCUCUCUCAUAUGCAUAGCCACUGCAGGAGGUGAGGGUUCUUGCUUCCAGCGUCAUACAGGGAAGGCCACGGAGUCAGGGAGGUUGGAAGACCCACCGUGGUCACACAGGUGCUAGGAAACGGCCCCAGCAUCCAGAGCCGGGCCCCUACCAUCCCGGGAUUGGCCGAUACCACCCAGUAAGACACGGGAACAAAACAGUGUGACGAGACUGGGGUGGGGCUGAGGGCGCGUGCACGCAGGAUGAACCAGGGCUCCUGGGGCCGCUCUCAGAUCUUGUGGCCUGCAAAGAUAGAGGUUGAAUCUGUGACUCACGCCUCUGCUUUGUUUUAUUUCUCCUCCCUGGUGCUCACACCCAUCCAGCACCCAGGAGCACUCAGAAUCUCCCUGAUGCCUCUAUCACAGGCAGUUGACAUUUCCUGGCCAAGCCACAGUUACUUUUCUCUUUUCUCUGUGGCCACGCUGGUUAUGAAACCAGAAAGAGUUGCAGGCAGCACGGGAUGCCGGGAUAGCUAAGACGAAAACACGGACACCGAGCCUGGCUGUCAGCCUGGGGAGGCUGCUGCCUGUGCACGGGGGUCCGGGGUCCCCGAAGGUGGGCCAUGGCCGGUCAAGUUGCUGUGGAGACAGACAGACAGCUGGGGUCCAGCAGCCUGAAGGCAGCCAGGGCCUAGAAGAGGGGGAGAUGAAGGUCCUCUCCGGGGCGGAGCCGGCCUGCUCACAGAUCCCUCUGUGCUGGGGGGGCUGGAGGGGAGGCCGUUGCUGGUUCUGGAGCCCCGCCUUUGCUUCUGGUCCUGACUCUGCCUCUUACACCGCUGUGUGUCUUUGGAUAGUUGGUUCACUUCUCUGGGCCUCUGCCACCUCGUCUGGGAACAAGGAGAGAAUGUGUGGCUAUCUCAGUGAGGGCAGGUGCACAGCUAAGGGGAGAACUGGGCGGAGGGUUGGUUUUUUAUGGUUUUUUUUUUUUUUUAAUUGAGGUGAAACUGACAUGAGAUAAAAAUCAACCAAUUUAAAGGGAACACCUCAGUGGUAUUUAGCACAUUCACGGUGUUUUGCGACCAUGACCUCUCGCUCGAUCUGGCACAUUUCACCUCAAAAGGGGACCUGGCGACAUUAUGGUCUUGCUCCCCCUCUCUCCUCCCCAUCAAGGGAAGGGGUGGUCUGAUCUCAGCCUGAGUCCUGGCACUCCCCGCGUGGUCUUGGAGUUGUUCAAGUUCCCAGGAAGGUUUUGGUAGCGUGAGAUUGUGGUUCCUGGGCACCUGAAUGUCUAGGUAAUUCAGACGAACCUUUUCCAAGCCCCCCAGAUGUAGGCAACUCACAGGAACACUCUUUAAAAUUGCACCACACCUUAUUCU